CAAUCACCGGGUAAACUAGCACGGUUGUGCAACAAUGUAAACCUCAAGUAUCCUGGAUAUUUUUUUACAAUUGCCAAGUUAUGUUUUAUUAUCUUGAAGACAUAAAUAAUCUUUCACAAACGUAAAGAGAUAAUAAAUGCGUGUCGACCAGACCCCAGAUGAUCUCUUGAUCUGGUUGGCAGAAAGCAAGUCACAGUAUGGCCGCUGGUUCUGCAGUCGGGGAGGGUCAGCUUCAACGCAUUAUCAGAGAACUGCACGAUGCUAUAUCAGAGAUAGCAAAAGAGUUCAAGGAGAAUGGAGAACCGAUUACAGAUGACAGCUCCAACCUGCACAAAUUCUCCUAUAAACUGGAGUACCUGCUUCAGUUCGACCAGAAGGAGAAAACAACAUUUCUGGGUUCCAGAAAGGACUACUGGGAUUAUUUCAGUGAUUGUCUGGCCAAAAUCAAAGGAGCAAAUGAUGGAAUCCGUUUUGUCAAAUCUAUUCCAGAGCUGAAGACAUCUCUGGGUAAAGGCCGAGCAUUUAUCCGUUACUCACUGGUACACCAGCGACUGGCUGACACAUUUCAACAGUGCCUUAUGAACCAAAGAGUCACCAGUGACUGGUAUAAUUCCCGGAGUCCAUUACUAAAAUCCCAUCUCAGUGUGGACAUCAUUACUUAUCUCUAUGAGUUAAAUGACGUUCAGUUUGAUUUGGCAUCCAGAGGUCAUGAUCUCGACUCAGCAUGGCCCACUUUUGCAAGGAGGACGUUGGGUAUGACUAGCUCGCCCAGUCACAUGUGGAAACCACCAAGUCGUAGUUCGAGUAUUAACAGUUUGGCUAGCAGCUACUCGCAGCAGACCCACGAGUUUCCUGGAAGUCCAGACUUUGGACAUGGACUUCUAUCUGAUUUGUCUAUGCAAAGCUCCAGCAUACUAAAUGAAUCUUCAAUCAGUGCUGAAGAUGAACUUCGUCUGGAGCUGGACCAGUCCGAACUGAAGCAAAGAGAGCUGCUUGACCGGGUGCAGGAGUUAGGUGGAGAAUCGGCUGAACUCCGCGGGGUCGUGAUGGAACUCCAAAGACAGCUGGAUGUUUCUCUGGAUGCCCAAGCCAACCAUCAGGAACUUCAGAAGAACUUGCAUGUGCUAGCUGAGAGAGAACGAACCUUGUCCCAUGAGCUGGAGGUCUUAAGGGGACGGGAGAGCGUCAGAGAGGCUUCCCAUAAGGACCUCCAAGACAUGCUGGCAGUAGCGGAGAGGAAAAAUGAAGAACUGAUGGCUAAGCUAGAUGGAGUACUGAAUGAGAAAGGACAGAGAGCAUCCAGCGACUUCAACUCUGCCCAGAAGAUUCACCAACUGUUAAAUGAAUUGAAGGAGGCCGAAAAUGUAAGAAUGGAAGCUAUAGCGGAGGGAGAAGAAAGACGGAGGCAAGCAGAACGGCUUGCUGAGGAGGUCAGAAUGAAAGAUGGAGCACUCAAAGAAGCAGAAGCCAAAUUAUUCACUUUGACAGAGCAAGGUGAAAAACUGCAGACCAAGACAGAAGAGCACUGUAAUGUCAUUGAAAGACUUCAGGGGGAGCUUGCAGAGCGAGAAAAAGAAACCAGCAACCUGCAGAAGCAACUGCAAGAUGCUUUGGAAAAAUUGGAAAAGCAGACGAGGAAGGAUAGGAAACAAAUGCAAGAGGAUAAAGAAGAGCUUGAGAAAAAGAUGAGAAUUGUAAAAGAAAGUCUAGAAGGUCAGGUACAAACCUUGCAGACUCAGCUAAAGAAUAAAGAAGAUGAACUGCUCUCCAGUACCAAGAAAUUCCAGUUACUGGAGAAAGAAUCAGAGAAGCUUAUGAGCAAGAAUCAGAAUCUAGAUGAGAUGAUAAAAGAAAUGGAUACUAACAUCAAAGACCAGGCCAAGAAGACUGAUGAAUACCAAAAUAAAUGCACUGAGCUUAUGGAGCAAAACAGCAAGCUCCUACAGACGGUGCAAAGGAAUGAGGAGACCACAAAGGAAUUGUCUGAAAGCAAAUCUAUGAUUGAAAAUGAGUUGGCUGGAUUGAGAGCCUCAGAGAAGCAGUUGCGAGCACAGAUCGAUGAUGCUAAAGUCACUGUGGAUGAACGAGAGCAACGGAUGAGAGAUGAGAACAAGAGUUUGGAUGAAAAUCUGCAAAAGGCCAACAUGCAACUGAAGGAAUCGGAGAGUUCCAUCCGCACGCUACAACAGGAGAACAAGGACCUCAUGGAGGUUCAGGUGAGUCUUAAAAGGUCUCUCGCAGCCAUGCAGGAGGAGAUACGUAACAUCAACAGCCAGAUUUCUGAACUUGAGAAGAGUCUCGGUACUGCGAGAUGCAAUGAGGAAAACCUGACUGUGCAACUUAAAGAGAGGGAUUCUCAGCUUGAAGACACGGAGAAGCUUUGUGAGGAGCUCCAAGUAAGGGUAAAAGAACUUGAAGAACGGGAAAGGGAAUUGGAAAAGGGGAAGACUGAGGCAGAAAGAGCUUUUGUUAAACAAACAGAGAUGAUCGAGCAUCUGGAGACUCAGAGGACAAUUGCAGAGAAGGCUCAACUUGAGCAAAGCGCAUGUCAGGCUAAGGAAACCCAAGAUAUGACUUCAAAGGUAAAACUUCUUGAGGAUCAGCUCGGACUGAGUGCAAAAGAAGUAACCAGGCUUCGGGAGGAGUUGGUUGGUCUUAGGGCUAAACUUCACAGUUCUGUGCAGGAGAAAGACAAAACGCAAGCAAGACUGGAAGUCACCGAAGCUUCCUGUGCAGAACUUCAUACCUUGACUGAGCAACUGAAGAAGCAGGCUGAAGAGCAGAACCGAAAGCAUGUGAACGAACUUCUGCAAGCUAGCGAACGAAUAGAAGCUGUUACAUCGCAACUGAGCCAGGAGACGUCUUUACAUUCUCAGUUAUCUGCUCAACUCUCCUCCGCCCAGGAGGAGCUGGUAGACCUGAAGGCACAGAAUGACAGAUUAGUCCUGGAAAAUGGAGAGACCAGAGAAAGUCUCCAUAGGGUCAACACUGAAAUGGCCGAAUUGGGGAUGACAAUUUGCCGGCUGACUGCCGAGCGGGAGGAAGCUCGGGAACGCUGGGUUGCCGAAGCUGCUCGGAUCCAGGAACUGCAAGAGCAGGGUGAGAAGGAAACAGACCGACUUAAUGCCAGUCUGGUGGCUCUUCAUCAGGACAACACUAGUCUUCAAGAGGAGCUCCAGCAGACGGAGAAACUUGCAGGAACUGUGUUGGAGAUAAAGCAGAUGCUGGAUAAAACCGAGGGCGAACGGGAUGCUGCACGAGAGGAGAUUGCCACGAUUAAAUUUCAGAUGAGCACAGAGAGCAUGGCCUACAAGAACCAAAUAAAGCACCUGAAAGAAGAGCUUGAGGGUUUGAAAACUCAGCUAAACAUGGAGAUGAAGAAGACAUCGGAGCUGGAGGCCAAAUUAUCAGAAUUAGAGGGAAUAAAUCUCGAAUACUCUCGACUGAUAGCGGAGAAGGACUCUCACAUAACUAAUUGCGAAGCUUUGAUCCGCGAGGGAGAGAAUGAGACGCAGAAACUGCAGGAAAGUGUAAUGAGCACCAAAGAGGCUCUUGGUGACGUACAGCAUGAGAAGGACCAGUUGAAGCAGAAAUUGGAUCAGGUCUUGAUGGAGACUCAGAACCAGCAGCUCAGAAUGGAAGCUGAAUUGGAAGAUCUGAGUCAAACCAAAUGUAACCUGGAGGAGAGACUGAUCGAGCUCAUCCGGGAUAAAGAUGCUCUGUGGCAGAAGUCGGAUGCUUUGGAGUUUGAGCAGAAAUUGAGAGCGGAGGAACAAUGGUGGCUGGUGGAUAAAGAGGCCACACGCUGCUUGGGCUGUCAGGGUCAGUUCACAUGGUGGCUACGUCGACAUCACUGCAGAUUGUGUGGCCGUAUAUUCUGUUACUACUGCAGCAACAAUUUGGCAAUGACAAAAAAUGGAAAGAAGGAGCGCUGUUGUCGCGAAUGCUACACGCAACACAAUGCCGUAGUGGAGAGAGCUGAACUCAACAGCCAAUCAGAAGAUGACACAUCUCCUCAUAGAAACACUGCUGGCCAACCAACACCUACAGUUACAGUGACAGAUCCAGUUGAGAAGGAUGAUGGGGUGUUUGACAUCAUAACAGAAGAUGAAGUGAACGAAGUCUACGACAGCGACUCGCGCACCACCGCUGAGUCACAUGAGGAAGGAGAUGGGGAACAAACAGGAGAUGUCAACACCUCCAGUGAGAUAAACACAGACGAGCAAGAGGAAAUCUUGACUAUAUAUGAUUCAGAAAUCAACCUUCUGAAGUCAGGAGAACUUACAGUCUCUGUGCCUUUAAAUAUAGAUGAGAUUUCUCAGUUUGGCGAUGGUUCCCGUGAGCUGUUUGUCAAGUCAAGUUGCUAUAGCGCCAUUCCAAUCACCACCACCGACCGCGGCCCCAUCAUCAGCUGGGUCUUCUCCUCAGAACCAAAGAGCAUCUCUUUUACUGUGAUGUACAGAGAGACACUUGAUACACCUGUCGAGCAGGCAAAGGUCUUGAUACCGUUGACCCGCUGUAACUCGCACAAAGAGACCAUACGGGGUCAACUGAAAGUCCGUAAUCCUGGAAUCUACAUGCUCAUAUUUGACAAUUCUUUCUCCAGAUUUCUUUCCAAGAAGGUCAACUACCACCUCACCAUUGAGAAGCCAAUAGUCUAUGAUGGAAGUGACUUGCCAUAGAUUUGCCAUUCGUUUGUUUGUUUUAUCUUUAUUUAUUUGAAACCUCUUUGAGUUUUAGUUGAGUUUGUUUUAGUUGAGUUUUAUAUAUUUAGUCUCUUAUAGAUUGAAUUAGAUCUGUUGCAGUUUUGACAAUAUAUGUCCCUACUACAGGAAGACAAUUGUUUUUAUCAGUGAUACAGAUUGAUUUGUAGCAAACCUGAAAGAUCCUUGCAAUUUUCCGCGUUGUAAAACAGCCACAAAAUAAGCUAGUUGUUGUUUUUUGCCAUCAUUUUACACUACAUUUUCAUUACAGUUUAACAGAUGGCAAUGGUUACAAUAUUAAAUCUGAGCCAUGUUAAACCUCUGUCCGGUGUUAGGACAUAAACAAAAUAAAAAAAAACUAAAAUAUGAUGAUAAAUAUGCUGCGUAAAUGGCAAUAAGCAUCUAAUGAUAAGCCCUGACUUGUCACUGUAAGGAAAACACUAUUAUUAUACACAUGUUGUUAUAUAUGCAGAUAGUAUACAUGCAAAUGUGGCACUUUGUUGAUUUGUUUACUGCAUACAAUAAGUUUGAAUUGAAUAUAUCAUUAUUUUCUUUGUUAAUGCACUUUUGCAUCAUAUUUUUCGUAACACUAAUGUCAUGGUUUUUUUUUUUUAGAAAUAAUGGACUUGUGAUGUUAGCGUCACUUUGAUCUCAUCCAGAAUGUUCGUCUCAUUUCAGUUUCAUGAGUCAAUUAGACGCUAAUUGUUGUGACAAACUUUGGUCCUGAAACAUUGUGACUGUUAACUGCGGGUUUAAUGAACACAUUUUUAAUCACUUUGAAUGCAAGACACACAUUUUCAGGGUUAGGGUUCAUUUAUAAUUUACUCGGUGACAAAGCAAAACUAAACUGCUGCUUUAAUGAAGAUCUGUUUAUAUAUUUAUAAGACAUCUCAGUGAUUGAACUCUCUAUGUGCAAUUUUAAAUAUUUUCUUAAUGGGUCUUGUACUUUUUGAGAAGUCAAAUGGUAUUUUGAAUUAAUUGGAUCUACUUUUAAAGUAAUUUUAAAUGCUUUUUAGAAAAUUGUGAAAAAUUGUUGAAUGUCACAGACGUAUGUGUUCAUCUAUGCAAUCACAAUUUGAUGUUUACAAAUCGCAAACCUUUUAAGUGUAAUAAAGUUUGAUGUUUUAAUAAAUCCAUUAUUUUGAAA